AUGUUUCAAUAUAAUGAUCAUUUCAAUUUCUUCCAUGGUUUUAUCAUUCUACUAUCUAUGGAACAAAUCUAUGCACCAGUUACUUUAUCAAAUCCUUCCUAUGAAAGUUCUACAGUGAAUUAUAUAUCAACUAAUAAUCAAUGGCAAGAAGUUCCAGAACCAACGAAUAUAUUUGAUGUGGUUAGAAAUCAAUCAUCAACUUAUCAGAAUAAAGGUUCAAAUGUAUUUAACUUAAAUCCGGUGGUUGGCGGUAAUGGAUAUAGAGUACUUCGUUCUAAUGAUGAAUCCAUGGCAUAUGUCAUACCAUCUAGAACAGUACAAAAUACAUUUCCUAUAGAUAAUGAUUUAGAAGAUAAUGAAUUAGAGACAUGGAUUAAUCAAAUGAAUGAAUUUGACAAUAGACAAAAUGAAUAUGUAUCACCUAGUCAAACAAUAUGGAAUAAUCAAAUGUUUGGAGGUUGGGAUAUGUCACGUCAAUCGAAUACCAUAGGUGGUUACCAUUCUUUACCAUCACAAAGACGAUUUAUAACUCCUACCUAUACUGGAUCUAUUCUAUAUCAGAAUAGAAGGAAUUCACCUUCAAUAAGUUACCCAAAUAGUUUCAUAACACAACAAACCAACUUUCCUACACAAAGAACUAAUCUUGGACCACCGAUAGACAUUAUUCGACAAAAUAGGUAUACUGGAUUCCAACCUAAUCAGAAAACACAAAUUUAUACUUCAAAUAUGUUUAUCAGACGACCUUUUAAUUCUUAUAGAAGACAAAUGUUCUCAUCUUACUUGAUACCAAACUAUCAAACGUUGAAUAAAGCACCUUUUCAUGGAUACAGAUCAACUAUUUCAUCAAGCGGUAAUCUAAAUUAUCCAACACUAGGAACCACAAGCCUAUAUAACAGUACAAGAAGGUCAACCUUUAGCUAGUAAGUGUAUAUGGAUCCAACUGAUUGAAGUACUAAGAUACAUUUGGCAUUAAUAUUUUCAAGUAAUGUUUAUUUCUCAAUAAAGUAUUAUAAACAAA